CUCUUCCCGCCUCUUUGUUGUCUCCUCUAUCGUCUGUCCUUGCAAUUCCCCAGAGCUCACCAAAUAUCUGAAAGAGGGAUUUGUUCGUCUACACAGAAAUUAGCCGGAAAAGGGUCAGAGCAAUGCGAGUCAGGGAUGCAGAAGCUUUUACGGCGAAGCCCUUCCGGCCGUAUCCUCUGCACUACUGCUGCUGCUGCUGCUAAACCAUCUUUCUCUUUUCUCUCUCUUGCCGGCUUCAACAGCAUUAAGACCCGUCUAACAAUGCGCACCGCAGCUUUCCCCGGCAGUCGCUCAGCCUUCGCUGUCAAAUUACCUGGAAAACCCUCUGUUACUGCGCGUUAUGGUACCCCCACUUGCGGUGGUUGUAGAUGUUCUAGGGAUACUGGCACCCCUUCUUGGGCCUGGACGGGCCUUGUGGGUGUACGCCCAGCCUGGUGCCACACGGGCAGGGUGGAUGGGCUGGUUGCUGCUGUGGAGGGUUUGAAGGUUUCCGGAAAAGAUUCUUCCAUCCCGACGGAGAAAGGCGAAAAGGGAGAGGAAGAUAAGCCGAUGAGGUUGAACAGGAGGCAUAAAGGUUCCAAUGGUUUAGUGGGGAAUCCUGACUUGUUGACGAUUCCGGGUGUAGGACCUAGGAAUUUGAGGAAGCUGGUGGAGAAUGGGAUUCAGGGUGUUGCCGAACUUAAGCAAUUAUACAAGGAUAAGUUCUUUGGGAAAGCUAGUCAGAGGAUGGUUGAGUAUUUAAAGAGUUCUGUUGGAAUUAUCCACCGAAACCAUGCUGAGAGUAUAACUACCUUCAUCAAAGAGAGUGUCGAUGAAGAGCUGAAAGAUUCAAAUUCAGAUUUAAAACCAACCUCAAAAAAAAGACUCACUUUCUGUGUUGAGGGAAAUAUUAGUGUUGGGAAGACAACAUUCCUGCAGAGAGUAGCUAAUGAAACACUUGAGCUACGUGACCUUGUUGAGAUUGUUCCUGAACCUAUUAAAAAGUGGCAGGAUAUUGGACCUGACCAUUUCAACAUAUUGGAUGCAUUUUAUGCAGAGCCAGAAAGGUAUGCUUAUACCUUUCAGAAUUAUGUUUUUGUAACCAGGGUUAUGCAGGAGAGAGAGUCAUCCGGUGGAAUAAAGCCCCUCAGGUUGAUGGAAAGGAGUGUAUUCACUGACAGGAUGGUUUUUGUACGAGCUGUUCAUGAAGCAAAUUGGAUGAAUGAGAUGGAAAUUAGCAUUUAUGACUCAUGGUUUGAUCCAGUGGUAUCAUGCUUGCCUGGGCUUAUUCCUGAUGGUUUUAUCUAUCUGAGAGCAAGUCCUGAUACUUGCCACAAGAGAAUGAUGCUGCGGAAGAGAGCAGAAGAGGGUGGAGUUACACUAGACUAUCUCCGUGAUUUGCAUGAGAAGCAUGAGAGUUGGCUUUUCCCCUUCCAAAGUGGAAAUCAUGGAGUGUUGUCUGUUCAAAAACUACCCCUCCCGAUGGACGGUUCUCUACAUCCUGAUAUCAGAGACCGAGUCUUCUUCCUAGAGGGCAAUCACAUGCAUUCUAGCAUUCAAAAGGUUCCUGCUUUGGUUCUGGACUGUGAACCAAAUGUUGAUUUCAGCAGAGAUAUUGAAGCAAAGAGACAGUAUGCACGGCAAGUUGCAGAGUUCUUUGAGUUUGUGAAGAAAGAGAAGGAGGUCUCAUCCACAUCUGCUGCUGAAAGUCCAGCAAGCAGUCAACGUCAGGUUUUACUUCCCCUUCAAGGCGGGUUGUGGACACCAGAUGCAACGCAUUUCCCCGAGUCAGCCUUAAAUUCUUUAGAUUUCAGACGAGCCAUGUCAUACUUGUCAGGCUAGUUGGUGUUGCUGAAUCUUUCCAAAAAAAAUCCGUUUCAAUCAAGUUCAUAUCUUGUUCUUUUUUUUUGUUUUUUUGACGUGUCUUUGCUGGGGCACAUCUCCUGUAAAAUUCUGCUUUUAACCAUUAACCUUUAGGGAUGUAGAGAUGGAUGAUGACAUUUGCUGAAUGUUUGGAUGAUCUUCCCUGUAAGUGGCUUUAUCUGUUGGCGUAAUUCCUUUAAUGUACCGAAACAGAAUGAUUU